UAAAAAUCUCAAAAAAGUUCUACCAGGGUUCUAGUCUGGGGCCUAAAACUUCUACACUUUCUUUGCAGGCAAGCGUGGAGAAUUUGGCGAGUAAGUUUUUGCUGGAUUUUUUUUUUGCUACUACUAACUUUAAUGCUUCUAUAUCGACCACCAACAACUUAAUAACUAACACCCUACAACAGAACGGAAAUAAAACUAAAGAAAAGAUGGACGACAUACUUGACACACCAAACGAUGAAAAAAAAAUGGGAAAAAGCGAUAAUAAUUGGGAGGGUAAUAUGAAUGAGUUGGCUCAACAAAUCCAAGAAAUGAAGAUCGGCUAUAAUAAACUUGCCGCUCAGUUGACAACCCAAGCUGAAGCUAAUAAUCCAAGAACAAGGCCCCCAGCCAGAGUGACCACGAUGGUUACAUGUUACAAGUAUAGUAAAAAAGGCUACUAUGCAAGAGAAUGUCUGACCGAAAGAGAAGCCCCAGUUCCCUCCGAAAGAAGACCAGCCCAACCAAGUCACACUCUGAGACAUGAGGUUGAAGCCAAUUAUGGCAACAUUAAUGCUGACUAUGAUCUUGAAAGGGAAGUCUUCGCAAGAGAAAGGUACCAGCCCUACCAACGACAGAAUAAUAACCGCCCACCAAACUCUGAAUCACAAUGGGAAGAUCGUCUAAGAAAUAGAAACAAUGUUAAUAUUCAACCAAGAAAAACUAGGGAAACUUAUCCAAUAAUUAAUGAUGAUGAUUUAAUGCAAUACCUGGAAGAGAAAAUCAGCAAGAUGAAUGUCAGUAAAGAAUUAAACGACGAGCAACAAAAGGAGGCUAAAGAAAUGCUAAAGAAGGAAAAAGAAGUUUUUGCAUAA